AUGGCACGGGAUGUGCUACAAACAAUUCAUUAUGAUCGCUUGCGUUCAAAUAAAUAUGUAUUAUGUACCUUGAAUCAAGAGAAAGUUUUACCUGAAGCCAUUAAAUUAUUGGAAGAAAAUUCAGCAAAAGCUAUUGAAAU